CAUGAUUUUUACGAGCGUGUCCGUCUCUACCUGGUUCUGUUGCAUUCAUUAAAACGUGUAUUUCAUCCACUUUUAUGAUAUGUUUGUUGUCUUUUUAAAUAUUUGACAUCAUUAGCGUCACGUGUAAGCCAUAUUCGCUCUUAAUUUCUGGGUUUUGCUCAUUCGCUAGGACUGGGAGGUCACAGCAUGUGGAGAAACACAGUCAAGUCGUUUCUAUGCGGAAGCAAAGGACUAAGGGCAAAAAUCCGCGGAUCAUGCAGCACAAGCGAGAAGAAGUGGGUCCAGCCCACGGGAUUUGACACUGGUUUGAAGACUUUCAACAGCCGCACAAAACAAAAAGAGCCACUCAUUCUGGCCCGUGAAGGAGUAGCCACCUGGUACAGCUGUGGGCCCACCGUUUACGAUCAUGCGCACUUGGGCCAUGCAUGUUCGUAUGUCAGGUUUGACGUGCUGCAGAGGAUCUUGUCCCGGUUGUUUGGCAUCACGGUCAUCCACGCCAUGGUCAUCACAGACAUUGAUGACAAAAUUAUUCAAAGAGGUUGGCAGGAGAACAUCUCGCCCACCAUCUUAGCUAGAACGUACGAAGAGGAAUUUAAGAAGGAUAUGAUGUCACUGAAGGUGAUUCCUCCUGUAGUGUAUUUAAGAGUCACAGAACACGUAGCACAAAUUGUUGCCUUCGUUCAGAGAAUCAUCGAGAACGGAAACGCCUACGCCACAAAAGAAGGUGAUGUGUAUUUUGAUAUCCAGUCUAUUGGGGAUCGCUAUGGAAAGUUUGGUGGAGCCGGAGAGUCUCACGAAGCGACUGGUGGCUCCAGUAAAAAAGAUGUGAGGGAUUUUGCUCUGUGGAAACAAUCAAAACCUCAAGAACCACACUGGGAAUCUCCAUGGGGCCCAGGAAGGCCAGGGUGGCAUAUUGAAUGUUCCACCAUUGCGAGCUCAGUCUUUGGAAGUCAGCUGGAUAUCCACUCAGGUGGCGUGGACCUGGCCUUCCCUCACCAUGAGAACGAGGUGGCACAAUGCGAAGCCUAUCAUCAGUGUGAUCAGUGGGGCAAUUAUUUCUUGCACUCAGGACACUUACACAUCAAAGGCAGUGCAGAGAAAAUGUCCAAAUCUCUGAAGAACUAUAUCACCAUUAAGGACUUCCUGCAGUCUUACUCUGCCAAUGAGUUUCGAAUGUUCUGCCUUUUGACGAAAUACAGAUCAGCUAUAGACUACAGUAACAGCAGCAUGUCAGAAGCUCGGGGGUCCCUAGCAACCGUCUCUACCUUCUAUAAUGACGCUCAGGCCUACAUUAAGGGUCAGCUGCAGUCUUUGCCAGUGCAGGACUCACUACUCUGGGAGAGGUUGGCCAAGACGAAAUCCAGCGUGAUGGCAGCUUUGAGUGAUGACUUUGACACACCAAGAGCCAUGAAUGCCAUCAUGGAUUUAGUUUACCAGGGUAACCGCCAGCUGCAGCCUGUUUCCACGGCUGCAGGAGCAACCAGAUGUCCAGAAGUGUUUGGAGCCAUGGUUGUCUACUUAAGAGACAUCUUGGAAGUGUUUGGGAUUGACCAGUUUCAUGACAAGGAUGUAGAACUGGCAAGCCAGUCUGGAAACCUUCAGGCUGUUGUAGAGCAACUGACGCAAUUCCGAAGUGAAGUUAGAGCGUUCGCGCUCACCCGUCAGUCAACAUCUUCUGGGAACAACCAAGAAGCACUUUAUUCAGACAGAAUACCGCUCCUUAAAGCGAGUGACGAUCUGAGGAGGAACCUGGCACCUCUUGGAGUGCUUAUAAAAGAUCGAGGAGCCAACUCUACGUGGGAGCUAACGAAAAAAGCUUCAGAUAUUCGACGGGUUGAAAGCAAUCCUUCACAAAGCAUUUCAUGACAGAAUGGAUUCAAGUGAAUUUAUAUUUAAAGAAUAUUUAAAUUAGUGCUGUCAAAUGUAUUGCGUUAAAGGCUGGUAAUUAAUUUUUUUGAAUUAAUCACGUUAAAAUAUUUGACGCAUUUAACGCAUGCACAGAAUGACCCGCUCAUGCAUUGCCUCAAACAGUUUACAAUGAUGCCGUUUUGGCACAUUGAAAGCGAAAAGGCAGAGAAAUGCAAGUGGACACAGGCGUUCAUUGGAAUGCGCCUUUUAUUGGCAUAAUCUUUGGCAUCUCUUUCACAACAAACAUAACUAUUGUGGUGAGCGACGUGGAGAAGAAUGACAGGAGACGAUCUUUUACUUAACAUGCUUUGUUGAACACAACGCAGAACAUAUACCCUUUGCAGCCACCACUGACAGUCAUGGUUGCCCAACUUCCCAUCAUGCAUUUGGGAGGAACAGUUAAGUCGCUACAGUAUCAUUUAGUUGAAGCACAACAAAAAUAAUAUUCCUAUCUCUCCAAAAAUAAUGUUCACAAAAGGAAAAUGGCUCGAUGCAAAGAGAACUGGCAUUCCCAAUCAAAAUAGCUACGCAAAAUACACAUAAAACUUACUCAGACUUUGCUUGGCUAGAUCUCAAAUUUAAAACUCGCCAUUUAUACCUUGUGGUGUAUUUGUCACUACCUUACGUAGUUAGACACUGUGGAAGAACGACAGGGAGCCCAUGUGACGUCAGCUCUGCGGCGUCAACAAUGGCGAGCUAUUAAUUUACUUUUUAUUGAAAAUUUUACAAAUUUUAUUAGAACGAAAACAUUAAGAUGGGUUUUAAUAUAAAAUUGCUAUAACUUGUACUCAAAUUUAUCUUUUAAUAACUACAAGUCUUUCUAUCCUUGGAUCCCUUUAACAGAAAGAAUGUUAAUAAUGCCAUCUUGUGGAUUUAUUGUUAUAAUAAACAAAUACAGUACUUAUGUACAGUAUGUUGAAUGUUUAUGUCAGUCUUAUCUUUCCAUUCCAACAAUAAUUUACAGAAAAAUAUGGCAUAUUUUAGAGAUGGUUUGAAUUGCGAUUAAUUACAAUUUUUAGGCUGAUUACCUCGAUUAAAAAUUUUAAUCAUUUGACAGCCCUAAUUUAAAUAGAUUUCAUGUCACUUUGAACAAAGUACCGUUAUCAGUGUAAUUGUCUACUGGCACAGAUGAACACGGAUACAAUAUUUGUCAACAAAUGCUUUUCGGCCAAUUAACUCAUGCACUACCAAACGUCACAAGACAUCCCCUUCAUUUAAACCACAGAAUAUUUUUCUAUGGCUACAUGAAAACAGAACUUACAAAAAGAUUCGAUUCCCAUCUUUCAUCAUUAAAAAAAAAAAAAAGUGUAGAAACAAACUUUUUUUAUUUUUUUUUAUGAGCAGUUGAACACUAUAAACAUAAUUGUUUAUACAUCUUUGGUAGUGAAUGAGUAUUUGAACACCCUACGAUUUUGAAAAUGUUAACCCACCCAUCAUUUCUAAGUCUGAGAACUUGCAAAAUCGCAGGGUGUUCAAAUACUUAAUUUUCUCACUGUAAAUGAAACAAUAUUUUUUUAUGGUAGACCUUGUUAUCUCAGCAGUGGUUAGUAGACUUUUUCCUCUUUUUUUCUGCAUGACCAGGGGUAGGCUUAGGUUCAAAUGUGCACUGUGUGGGGCUGGAAAAUUGGGAUUUUGGCAUAAAUGGUUUAAAUUAAAGUGAACCAUUCUGAUGUUGGUGUAAAUGUAAGCCCUGCAGACAUUUAAUCAACUGCAAGUUACAUCCUUGUCCAUCAGGCAGUGUUGCGGUUCUCUGGUUUCAAAUUGAUCAAAGAAUUACUAGCCAGGGCCAACUCCGUGAUAGAAACCCGGCCUCUUUGUUUGAUGAACUGAGCCACUGCAUCCAUUUCUGCUGGAGUGAUUGAGAUAAAUUUCCCCCUGUCAUCAAUGACUCCUGAAGACAAAAAAAAAAAAAAAAAAUAAAAAAAAAAACAUUACAAACAUUAUUUAAAAAAUAGUGGUAAACCACUAUACUAUCUUGACAGUUGACAAUGUGCAGCCAUUGGUUUAAUACAAAUAAGUUAGUGCAAAGAUAUUGCACACAAACCUGUGAGGGAUCCUUCUGCUAGCAAGUCCUGCAGUCUGGCAAUAGCAUCCUUUGUUCUCAUUCCAAAAUGAGAGGCUAAGUCCUCCAGUAGAACCACUUUACAGCUCUGGUGAACAAAGAAAAGCAGAGUGUAACAUGCGUAAAUUUGAUCUUGAUCAUCUGCCAGAUAAUAUGGGAUGUGUGACAGCACCUCUAUGUAAUCGAUGAAUUCUCUGAGCAAGUUACGUGACUGCGAGUAAAAACAGAUGGUUUUAUUUGACUGGCCAACAAAGAUGUUGAAUUUGAGGUCAUAUCAGAAAUGACCUGACCUGGUCUUCAGUAAGCUGCUCCUCCUCACCCUGGUCUUCUACCACAAAGGAAGCUUUGAGCUUUAGGUACUCCUCCUCCUCCCUUUUUUCCUGCUCCUCCUUGGCCCGACGCUCUUCCUCUUCCUAAAGAAAGACCAACGAUUAAGUGCACAAAUGGGGGAGAAAGUGAUUUAUUAAGAAGUAUUUACGAAGAGAGCGGAAGACCUGUUUCUUUUCCAGUUCUCUUUCUUUCUCCUCCUCCUGUCGUCUCUCUUGAUCUCUGAGCUCCUGCAUCCUCUUCCUUUCUUCACGCUCCUCCAGCUCAGCCUAAAUAUAGAAUUAUUAAAUUCUGAGUAAAGUCACAGUGGUGUGUGUAUUUUGUUUUCACCACCUGUAUAAAAAAAAACAAUUGUGCAGCAAUUGUUAUUUUGGGCUUUUUAAUAGCUAAUAAUAAACAUCUAAAAUGCUGUUAAGCCUCUCUAUAACAACCUUGGUAAAAAAAUUUAACUCCUCCCAAUUUAGAAACAUCAAACGAGAUGUUCCAAUUCAAAAUGACACAACAUGUUACUACUGGCCUUAACCUCAGACUUGGGUGUUUCAGAAGAAGCAGACAUGUUUGUGGAGCUGCAAUUUACGAUUUUUUUCAGCAAAUAGUUGAGUUUGAAAGGCAGUUGACUUUAUUCUCAGCUCCUCACCUCUCGCUGUGCUUUCUUGGCCUGUUUCUCUUCAAGUUUCCUUUGUUUUUUAGCUCCAAUUUUUGCAGUCGGCUGGGAGCUCUGCUGUUCGGCCUCAUCAUCAUCUUCUACCUGCUGUUCUUGCUCUUCUUCUGAAAUUACCAAAGCUUUAUAAGGCUUUAUUCAUUUUUCGCUGAUUCCUCACUGAAUGAUGGCCUAUUCCAAAGUCAAAAUUCAGUCCGGAGUAGCAAAUAUGAAUUCAGAUUCAGUGACGCAAGUGUGUUGAAAAGUUUUUACCAAGCUCCUCUACUUCUCUCUGUGGUCUUCUGUUGGCCAUCGCCCCUGCAAGAUUCCUCCUUCGACGUGGCAUACCAGCCCCUCGCUCUUCCACGGCUGCACGUGGACGGACGACCGCCGCUCGGACCACGGCCUGCUCAUGCUCUCUGUCAGCUGCUCAGAUUGGAAUCAUUACAAAUAACAAAGAAUAAAAAAACAACACUCAGCAAACUACAACAAGAAUACAGUAAAUCAAGACCUCUAUGACAGUGUCAAUCAAAAUUGAUAAUUAUCGUUUUUUGAGCGCCUCCCGACAUACAAAGCUUGCCGCUCAAUCAGGACUUGUCACUUCUAUUUUUUCCCAUAAUGCUUAACUUUAUUACUACUUUGCCUUUUCAGUAAGGAUGAACUUAUUGGCUGCCAAUGGCAGCAAUUGAACUGGGAAGGCUGGCAGUGAUCAUUCACUGCAGCCAACGAGUUACUCUGUAGGGCUAGAGCUAUCAAAUAUUUUUUUUGAAUCGAGGAUUCUUCCCAUUAUCCCACCAAUUAAGUACAUGUAGUGAUAAGUCAAAUGUUUAUUUUUGCUUUAUUAAUUAGCCAACAACACAAGCGCAGUUAUGUUAUCAAAAGCAAGUGUUAUUGAUAAUUCAGAUCUUGCUUUAUUUAUCACAUUGUGAAGCCUGUACUGUAUGUAAAUAACAGGAGUUUAGUCAGUACUUCUGUGUAGAACUGUUACAUUACACAAGGGUCUGUACGUUUCCUAAGUUGGCUACCGAAUGCGGGUACUAUUCCCCACU